ACUCCGAAACGAUGAAACAAUAUUUAUUGUAGAUGGAUAUCUUCAUAGCCACACGGCUGAAGUUGCGGGCAACACCUAUUAAUUUAUAACACACCUCAUUACGGUAAAUACUUAUUUUCACUGCGUGAUAUUUCAUGUGUUUGACAAUUCCAUCACCACUAUUUGUUUAGCUGUCAAAUAUUGUCAAUUUGUGAUGUCAUUAUAAGUUCUUGUGUUAUAAAAAUAAACAUGUUUGUAAUUAAUCGUAUGAAAGGGUUGAGUAGUAGGAGGGCUUUGAACGCCUUGGACCACGUGAGAUAUCAGCAGGGCUACAUGCCGCCGCCGUGCCCUCCGUGGCCGCCAUGCCCGCCCUGUCCUCCUGUCACUCCGCCGACACCACCAAGUUGCGUGCCCCCAAUAAUAUACCCUCCCUUCUACUGCUGUCCAAGAUCAAAAUAUGAUACUAAUUUCUUGUACGUGAGCCACGUACCGCCGACUACUACACUGAAGGACUUCCUUGAUCGAAUAUCGCAAACUUUAUUUUGGACGGAGUUGAUCCGAGGUUUUGCUGUAACGUUAUCGCAUGUAUUCAGAGAGCCGGCUACGAUUAACUAUCCGUUUGAGAAGGGUCCUUUGUCGCCUCGGUUUAGAGGGGAGCAUGCUUUGCGGAGGUACCCAACGGGGGAAGAGCGGUGCAUAGCCUGCAAGCUGUGCGAGGCGAUGUGCCCGGCGCAGGCGAUCACCAUCGAUGCAGAGGAGAGGAGUGACGGCUCGCGCCGCGCCGUGCGCUACGACAUCGACCUCUCGAAGUGCAUCUUCUGCGGCUACUGCCAGGAGGCCUGCCCCGUCGACGCCAUCGUAGAAGGACCCAACUUCGAGUACACCACAGAAACUCGCGAAGAACUCAUCUAUAACAAGGACAAGUUACUCACUAAUGGUGAUCGUUGGGAGCCUGAAAUUGUUAGUAAUAUCAGAGACAAUCAUUUGUAUCGUUAAUUUUUAUUGCAAUUUAUUUGACGCAAUUAUGUUUAAAGCAAUUAUGCUAUAUUGAAUUAUUAUACUUA